AUGGAAACUGGAAUAUUGCCUUCAAAACUUUCUAUACUGGAUGCGAUUCAGAUGACGGCUACUGCUUGGGAUAAGGUCACAACAAAUACUAUAAAAAAUUGCUGGAUUAAAACUGGAAUUCUUUCAUUAUUAUAUGAUAACACCGAGAUUAUUUUGGCAGAAUUAGAGGAAAGUAUUCAACGUGAUAAUCAUCAAGUACAACAUUCCAUCAACAAAUUAUUAGGAAAUGAUAAUAAUGUUUCGGUCAAUGAUUUUUUAUCUAUUGAUGAUAAAUUAUUGUCAAUUGAAGACUAUAAAGAAAGUACUGAGCAGGAAAUUAUUGAUUGCGUUCUUGGAAAAAAUAUAGAAAUAGAAGCGGAUGAAAAUACUUCUGAAGAAAUUAUUGAGAUAACCAACAAGGAAGCGAUUGAAUGUCUUGAGAAGUUGCAAAAAUAUCUUAAUCAAGAAAAUAGUAUGUCAGUUUCGUUCGAAUGGAUCUGUCAGUUUAAUAAUAUUAAAAAUAAUAUUCUCAAUCAUAUUAUGUCUAAAAAAGUAUAG